GUUCAUAUUGUCUGUUUUAGCUGCUAGAUUAUAUGAAAUGUCUCAAGACGGCACCAACGCGGGAUCCUGAUGCGGAACCUAAGACCAUGGGACUAAAGACUAUGGACGAUGAGAUAGAACUGUUGAAACUAACACCAGAAGAGAAAAAAGCCUGUCUAUCUAAGUUUAAGGUAUUAGAAAAUUCUUUAACUGAAGAGAGAAGGCACCAAGGAAAGUUGGAGGUUACGAUGGAAGACUACAUGAAGAGUAAAUAUUUCCAUAAUUUAAACGACCUGGACUCGUAUGCGUUGUCUAGAAAAUAUACAAGAUGGGCAGGUAGAAGGGAUGGAGAGGUUGAAAAAUAUUUGGGAGAAAAGCAGAAGGUUCAAGUAGAGGAAGGUAUCCAAACAAAACUUGACGCGCUUCACGAGCGUGAACAACUGUUGACAUAUUUUGAUAACGUGAAUGAGAUAAAGUGGAAGAUGCAGAACUUCAGAGAAAAGGUUCAGAAAACAGUCGAGGAGGAGGAAUAUGUGGAGGCCCCUGGAGAGAGAAAUGUGAAAGUUGCGAUAAAAAAACGUAAAUAAAAACAUCGACAAAAAUUAUUAUAUUUUGUUAAAUAAAGUGACAUGUAAAUUUAAUAAAGUGACACGUAAAUUAAAUUAAGCGACACGUAAAGAAUCAAUGUUACAUGUGUCACAGUAUGAAGAAGAUUUAACACAAGGAAGUUUUUUGUUUUUUUUGACAUUGAUAAAAGAUUAAGAAACUUGUGAAAAGUGGGUCAAAUGUCCCAUACACCAAUGUUGAUUUAUUGUUGAACCAACUGUUUUAUGAGAACAAAUGAGCUGCCUCACGACAAAACCAACAUAGUGCGUUUGAGACCAGCAUGGAUCCAGACCAGCCUGCGCAUCUGCGCAGUCUGAUCAGAAUCCAUGCUGUUCGCUAUCAGUUUUUAUACUUGUUAUAGGGUUUUUAAGCGAACAGCAUGGAUGCUGAUCAGACUGCCCGUAUAUGCAGGCUGGUCUGGAUCCAUGCUGGUCGCAAACUCACUAUCUUGGUUUUGUCGUUACGCUGCGCAAAUGUUAAAAAACACUGCGUAAAUGCUUGCUUUGUUAACCUUUACAAUGCUAUAUUCUUAAAUAGACUUGUUCAUUUUGUAAAAAGGAGAAAACCAUGUAUUGACUAAUUAGUGAACAGUGCAGACCAUGAUCAGUUGGCGCAGAUGUACAAGCUGAUCUUGGUCUGCACUGGUUGCGUUAGUAAAUUCUGCAGCCAUCAGCAAGCCAAAGGUUAAGCAGUGGUCUAAGAGAAAUUAGAGCUGUCAUUGAUUCAGUGCAAAGCAUGUCAAAUAUAUAUCAAUAUUGGACUGGACGACAAAUAUCGACAGUGCACCAAUAUAUCAAUAAAUACUUAAAGUUAUAAUUACUUGUCUUUAAUUAACUUAUAUACCAGUUUGUAAAUGAUUUUCAGUAAAAAAAACAUGAUUUUUCUUUCAUACAAUUAUGAUGUGUCUUGUUUAUAAAUGCCAAUGGCAUGAUUUUCCACCCUCAUCAUUGCUGUAGUAUAAAGUAUGUCCAUUACAUAACAAAAGCAUGUUUUUAAGACAUGUAAACUUGCUUCUGUAUAUUGCUUUAGUGAAUUUUCAUAAUUUUUAGACAUCUAAUUAAUGAGUCCAAAUUAUCUAUUUUUUCAAAUGUGUAUUGAUUAUUGAUCAAUAUAAAAAUAUCAAGGAAAGAGCUAUGUUUCUAUCUUUAUUGUUUAUUGAUGACAGCUCUAGGGGAAAUACAGAUAAAAUAGUGUAUAAACACUGAAUUAUGAUCAAGACUUGGUAUUAACAAAUGACAUUUGUGUUAAGUAGGUUAAACACUGCUAUAGAAAUUGUGAAAUUUUCUUUGGUUUAUAGACUGAUUUCAUAUUUAUAGUGAAUGAAUAAUUGAUCUGUUUGAAUUUAGCUUUCAUACGUAUCUGGAUCUGUGUUUAACAUUCGGUUCCAAAAUUAAUUGUAAUAAAAUUGUUUGGAUAUUCAUUUCUGCUAUGUUGAAUAACUUGCUGAACUUC